AUGUCGAAAGCACAGCUAGAACACGAGAUCUCCAUCACAAAACUCACUUAUUCUCAUGCUCCGGACCUUUCCCCUUCCCUUUCUGACAUAACUUUGGACCUACCGAAAGGGUCACGUACAAUUCUUGUAGGCGCGAAUGGAGCUGGAAAGUCAACGCUGCUGCAAAUCCUAGCGGGCAAACGACUCAUUUCGAAGGAUGACACACGAGUAGAAGUCAAGGGGCGAGAUGUCUUCCGUCACUCUCCUCCUGGAGUGACAUUUCUGGGCACAGAAUGGGCAAUGAACCCGGUCGUCCGCGGCGACAUCGUGGUGUCAAACUUUCUCAAUUCCGUCGGUGGAUAUCGCCAUAAAGCACGGCGUGAUCGCCUGCUUGACAUUCUUGACGUCGACUUAGACUGGCAUAUGCAUGCGAUAUCUGACGGGGAGCGUCGGCGUGUCCAGCUGUGCAUGGGACUCAUGUCCGACUGGGACGUGUUGUUACUUGACGAAGUGACUGUCGACCUGGACGUACUGGUUAGAGACGAUCUCCUGAAGUUCCUGAAGGCUGAUAGCGAGAGUCGUGGAGCGACAAUACUUUAUGCCACACAUAUAUUUGACGGAUUGAACGACUUCCCCACGCAUGUCGCGCACAUGCAUUUGGGAACAUUUUUAUCCCAACCGACGCCGUGGCCGCUUACAGAGGCGACUACUCUAAACGAUGUGUCUAUGGAUCUAGGGCCCAGUCCAUCGCUGUACACUGUAGCGCUACAGUGGUUGAAAGAAGACCGUGGACUGCGGCGGCGGUUGGAAAAGGACGGACGGAAGAUGAGAGGUGCUAAGCACGAUCAUGUUCCUUCGGACUCGGAAACGUUUUACAGGAAAUAUGACUACAGCCAUUAA